UGGAUAGCACAACAAGCGCAGAGCCUUGGCGCAUCCUAUUGGUCAAUAUUGAUCACGUGGUGUGAAGCAAUAACUGUCAUGGCAGCCCUCAUAAAGCAUGUGUUGUCAAAACAGCCUCUCAUAAUUCAAACUCGCAAUGCACACUAUCGUGGAGACCGGAAGAAGAAGUUUUGGCUGAAUCCAAUAAAGCCAGGGAAGAAAGUAGAAUCCGUCGUAACCGGGAUUGCUGCCAGGGGGUUUCUGAGACCGCUGCAAGACUAUUCGCCGCCGCAUGAUGCUCUCGAAAGAUGUGAGGAGAUCUGCAGCAGGACUUUGGGGCCGAACGUCGACGACUCAACCUCCAUCAGCAGAGACCCCCAGUCCAGAUUCACUAUACUCAAUGACUGCUUCAAGGCGUUCAAGCAUUCGGUGCCAAACUCCCUGCUGUACCAAAUUACUACUGUGGGUGCCUUAAAGAACUUCUAUGCUACACCGAUAUCAACAACCACUCCCCUAGAUAAGAUGAGGACAAUGGAACUCCCAGAAAAUCUGCAUGUCCAGCACGAACCCUUACGCUUCCAUCCUGAAACAGACAAUCUGUUUGGUGGUCAGACAGCUUUCCCGGAGAGCUCUACACUCGUCACUGGUCUCCGUACAAGGAAGAAGUACAAGAGCUACAUAAUCCCUGACCUGUAUUGCAAAGAAUAGAGUUUUGUAUUGUAGUUAAUAGUAAUAGUUACUAAUAAUAAUAACUUCACAUGUUUUGUC